AUGGCAGCCGUCCAGCUGAACUUUACACUCAGGACGUCGUCCAACUGCAAGACGGUCCAUCUCAUUGGUUCAUGGGAUAGCUACAAGAGUCAACUUCCUCUUUCCAAGGACUCUACGAAACAAGGUGGUUGGAAAGGUACUUUUAGAUUCCAGGGCUCGACGUUGAAGCCUGGCUCGAGAUACUGGUAUUACUACAUCAUCGAUGGCUACCACGUCUCUCACGACCCAGCCCGCGAAUCCACAACCGAACCAACCACAGGCCGCAAACUCAACAUCCUCGACAUUCCAUCUGGGAGAUCGCCAGGACUUGCCGCAGCCCCAGCACCAUCUUCAAAGUCGCAUUCAAGCAGCAAACACACCCGCCGCACCAGCGAACAUAUCCCCAAAGGCCGCUCCUUGUCACCCUCACAAAUCAAAUGCCCACGUCCUAAUCGUCCGCACGAGACCCGCACGAUAACUCGCGAACAAUACAAUGCCUCUUCUGUGGACCGCCUUGCCAGUCGACUCGGGAAAGCUCGACUCGAGUCCGACAGCGAGAGCGACAGUGAUUCCGACAGCGAUGUACCUUCGCUUACGUCUUCACGCAGCAGUGCUUCUUCGUCGCCUUCAUCUACAAGUGCGUCGUCGAGGUCUUCGUCAACGAGCGCGUGCACUUGCAACAGAUAUGGCAUUACCAGGUCUGGUGCGAGGGUUAAGCUUGACUGUGGCGGUGAUGUGUGUGGGCAUGAUGAAGGCAGUGAUUGUUCCUCUGAAAGCGAGGAUGAGAAGCAAUAUCGUGCGCGUACGACAAGACGACAGGGGAUGAUUGUGCGUCGUUGA